CUUGAGAGCACAACAUCUUUUUAGUAAGUACAAUAUUUACACCAGAGCUCACAUUGGACCCCUUUCAAGUCCGCAAAUUUUGUUAAAACUACUAGGUAGAAAAGAUAUAAUUGCAACGCUGCCUUAUCCGCUUUUGAGUCUCUGUUGCCGUAGAAUAAAUCAUUAUCAUCUGCUUCGUCUUCGACCGUAUUUCACUCUUCUAUUUCCCUUUCCAGAAAUAAAGACUUCUUCUGCAUCAGCAAAAAUGACGUUGUGUCAAGAUGAUGAGCUUGCUACGCCAAUCCGCGCGUACAUUGGGGAUGUGAGUGGAGCUUCCAAGGUAGCUCCAUCGAGGGCGACGGCUGUUCAAGCCACAUCAUCGUCAGCAACUUCUUCAGCGACGGAAGAGGAAGUAGCGGCCCCAGCUGCGCCAGAGGACCCAAGGUGAGACUUUUCUUUACACACGCCUCAAUACUGCUGGGAAAAGACUAUUAUAACUUACAGGAUUGUUGACGUAUUGAUUUGCACUUUUGACUAGUAAUUAUUGAUGGUUACUCUUAGGGAGACGUAUGCAUGUGCAUUUCCUUGAUCAUCGUCUUUCUUAGACAUAAAAAUUGCUCUGUCCGCAACUACAUACAAGGUUCACCCUCCUCCGUUCUGUCGGCGAAGAGUGUAUUUCUGAAGCCGAGCUGAAGGACUUACUCGGGAAAAAGAAGGAGUUCGUUCUCUACGACGGUUUUGAGCCGUCUGGUCGUAUGCACAUUGCCCAAGGGCUCAUGAAGAGCAUCAACGUGAACAAAUGUACGGAGGCUGGUGGCAUCUUCAAGUUUUGGGUUGCCGAUUGGUUUGGCUUGAUGAACAACAAGAUGGGAGGCGAUUUGGAGAAGAUUCAAGACGUCGGGCGCUACUUGAUUGAAGUAUGGAAAGCGACAGGGAUGAAUAUGGAACGAGUAAAAUUCAUAUGGACGAGCGAAGCAAUCGAAAAGAACGCGAAGGAAUAUUGGUUGCAGGUGAUAUACUAGUUUUCUAUCAAUAUAUAAGAGCAGUCUCCUAGUUAGGCGCGCUCCACCGUUAUAUAAGAGCAGUAGUUUAAGCUCCUAAAUAAUGCUUCCGUUCACAUAAAGUUUGAGUUUCUAGGCAACUGCUAAUCACAACUCCUAUUCGGCCCUCUUUCUCACAUGCCCACCACAACCAACUGACAGAUGUUGGACAUUUCUCGUCUUUCUUCUUUGUGGCGAAUCAAGAAGUGUGGACAGAUUAUGGGUCGAAAAGAUGAGGAGUCCCUCUCCGGUGCUCAGAUUCUGUACCCUAUUAUGCAGUGUACCGACAUUUUCUUUCUCGGAGCCGACAUCUGCCAACUCGGUGUGGAUCAGCGCAAGGUGAAUAUGCUGGCGCGUGAGUACUGUGCCUUGGCCGGACGCAGCUCCAAACCGAUUAUCUUGUCACAUCAUAUGCUCUACGGCCUCUUUGCUGGUCAGGAGAAGAUGAGCAAGAGUAAUCCGGAUAGCGCGAUUUUCAUGGAAGACAGCGAGGAAGAUGUGCGAAGAAAAAUCACGAAUGCCUAUUGUCCGAGUGAGCCGACGCAGGAGAACUUGGACAAGUUGGAAAAACUCCAGAAAGAACAGAAGGAGAAAGCCGAGAAGUUAGCUGCAGAAAAAGCAUCGGCAAGCAGCAAGAAGAAGCAAAAGAAAGCGGCGAAAGGUGGCGCUGGUGAGGCAGUUAAUCCAGACGCACUGUACGAUGCUGCGGAGCUAGAGGACGAUAGCAUGCAAUUGAACUUCGAUGUCCUAAAAAAUCCAAUCAUCGACUACGUAGAGCACGUCAUCUUCUCCGAUGCAAGGGCAGCACCGUUGACGAUCAAGACUAGUGGUACUAGUGCAUCGUCUGGUUCUGUCCAGUCCUACACCAACGCAGCCACCGUCCGUGACGACUUCUGUGCUGGUAAGAUUUCAGAGGCGGAUCUGAAAGCAGCAGUGAUUGAGCGCGUCAACGAGCUUCUAGCUGGUGUGCGUGAGAAAUUCCAGAAAAACCCAGAGGCAAGAGCGCAAUUGGAGUUAGUGGAACAGCACAAGAAAGCAGUAGCCGCAGGUGGACCGGUCAAACAGAAAUUGAGGUGCUUAGUGGCAGCUAAAGCAUCUUCUUCUUCUUCUAGGUCUAGCUCCUCUUCUUCAUCUUCUUCAGCUUCUCCAAAUGCAGCUUCGGGUGUAGUUUUCUUGCCCAACCCUAACGGAACUGACAUCAACUCUUGCGGCUUACCGACUGACGUCGUGCUGGACACUGCUGCUACUCUAAAGAACGCGGUUAAACAACUAAGUACAGCACCUGCUCAACAUCCCAGUACAACAAACAACAAGAAGAUUGUCCUCUUCGUCCCUGACUGGUCGAGCUUCGUUUUGAACAAGUUUAAUGGCGACAUGGGCAUGCAAAAACGCUGGUUCGACUUGUUCUUGGACUGUUUGCAAAGGUUUGUGCCAGAAGCGAUGGCUUCAGUGGAAGUCAUGUGGCAGAGCGAAGCCAUCCUGCAGGACCCGAACAACUACUGGAUCUCUGUCAUCGAUGUGGGCAGAGUCUACAAUCUUGGAAACGUACUACUUGUAAUCCGCGUUGAUGUAGAAGUUCUUAUGCUAGAAGACGUACUUCUACUUGUAAUCCGCGUUGAUCUUGAUGUACUUCUUGUGCGUCCUUCUACUUGUAAUCCGCGUUGAUCUUGAUGUACUUCUUGUCGUGCUAGAAGUGGUUGGAGCAGUUGCUUCUGAUAAUCUUUAACUUCUUUUUAUGUUCCUUGAUUUAUUUGCUUGUUGAAGAUCACCAAAGAAAUGACACAGGGUACUCCACACUGUAAUAUCUACCUCGAAUCAGACGUUGAUCGAGAAAGCUCGCCCUCAAACAACUUUCUCACCACAUCAGGUCCGUGACAUGAUUCCUGCCAGUGAAGAUUUCGUCGCUAGUGGGCAGGUUGUGGCGGGCUUGAUGGGUGUUGGAGACGUGCUUGCCCUUUCCUGUGCCUCAACUAGUGCUCCAAGUCGAAGAAAGACCACCUUUUUCGCCUGCAAUGAAGCACAACAACUUGCCUUGGUGGCUGCCCAGAAAUACAUAGUCGAGAACAUUCACACCGUGGAUGGUGUUGAAAACAAAGUGUCAACUGUUGAGGUGGUGUCUCCACCUAAAAGUAUUGGAGAGCAGAAUCUUCUUCGGGCAACCAUAGCCUCAGACGGUCCUCCUGUUGGAGAAGCGGGUGCGAAGGCAGGCUCUUUGAAGUUGGAAGUAGCGGUGGGUGACAACGCGAAAAAACUCGACAAGAAGAUCAAAAAGCUGUUCUGCUUAGCGGGAGAGGUCGAGAAAAAUCCGGUAUAAAAAUACUACAUAGAUACUUACUUCUCACUUGUUGUUAUACCAUAGAGCAGCAGAAGAUUGCUAGGCUAACUUGGUAUCCUCGGUUUCGGGAGAUGUCGAGGAAUCCACUUAUACACACUGACUCCUUUUUCUCGACCUUAAUAUGCAUUUUUAUCGCAUCACAGAACAGGACUUUUCUUUUCAGUCAUGUGACACUUUUUUCAUAUGCAACAUUAACAUCAACACACCUACAACAGGUCCUGGACUAUCUCUAUCGACUCAAAUCUCUCGGAUUGUUGGCUAAUGAGGGCACUGAGACGUUUUUCCAUGUAUCUCGGUCUGGCCCUGAGGAUGUGGAAAAAUUUGGACCGGAACAGAAGUUUGCUACGCUUGAGGCUGUCGAAGAAGCCUUCAAAAAGGGAGAGGCCGAAUUGCAUCCUCGUGACUUGAAAAUCACAGGACAGAACGUGAUCAUGAGUGCUUUGGGACCUUUACUAGGUGGAUCUUCGGCCGACAGUUCUGCUGAUUCUAGUAGUGCUUUGCCAGUAGACACAGUGCCGCAAGUAUUGGAAGACUUUGCUCAGAAGACGUUCGGGAAAAAGAAAUAAGAAGACAACUACUGACCAAGAAAAGAAAAAUCUAAUGAAACAUUCUUCUCGUGAUUAGUAUUUUUGAUGACAUUGUACCACUACUUCCCUUUCCACUUUGAUGGCCAACUACCCGCGCCGGCCCCCCAUGAAUAUUUUAUCACUCCUGUUGAACUCGAUUUUCCUACUCGGAAUACGCGGAACUGAGUGCGCUGCUCCGGUGGUGCAACGCACGCAAUUACAU